UGACUGGCUGAUCUUCCCCGAACACCCACGAAAAUAAGCGACUCAUUGUCUUAGUCGUAUAAAGCUUGGGUACAAGGGUGGUUUGUUUCACACGCUCUGAGCCCCAACGAUGGCUACACGUAACCUGUCCACCCUGCUGCCGAAGUCGCUGCUGCUGUUGGUCUUCUCGGCUGCGGCGCGGCCGACGCAGGCCGCCGCUGACCCCGUGAAGGUGUCUGUGUAUUACGAGACGCUUUGUCCUGACAGCCGUAACUUCUUCACUGAACAACUUUACCCCGUCUAUCAGGACCUUAAGGACAUUAUGACCCUCGAUAUUAAUACAUACGGGAAGGCGACCGACUUCCCUUCAGGUGAUUCUUACGUGUUCGUGUGCCAGCACGGCCACGCGGAGUGCGUGGGCAACAUGAUGAUAACCUGCGCCAAGAACUUGACUCAGGAUGAAGAAGUGUUCAUGGCCUUCUCCAACUGCGUCAUGGCGGAGUUCACUGCGGCCGCCGCUGGGCCUCAGUGUGCGGAGCAGACCGGGGUUAACUUCGCACCGGUUGAGGAAUGUUACAACUCCGUGGAGGGACACCGCCUCCUGCACGAGGUCGGGGUGAAACAAAACGCCCUCGAGAUCGCUUUGUACUGGGUGCCGUGGAUACUCAUCGACGAUGUAUUUACUGAUGCCCAGUUAGAGGCGGCGCAACUGGAUCUGCGUAAGGUGGUUUGUGACGCCUACACCGGCGAGCGGCCCGCCGCCUGCACCGCCUGAACAUGGCCGCUGCCUCCUCCCCAGCCACACGGGCGAGUAACGGUUACCUGUGCCACCUGAGAAUACCGUUACCCACCGUCAUCAUUAAGUGCACCUUAAGUUACAAUAAUCAUACUAAAUCAUGUAAUAACUAACAAAGUACAUAUAUUAAUUAACGUCUAGGCACUAAGGACGUGAUUGAAUCAUUGUUUUCAAGGACAGCAGCACAACUACUACAGAUCGUGAUGCCCUCUAGACCAGUGGUUCCCAACCUAUGGUCCGUGGACCGGUGCCGGUCCGUGGCUUGUGUUUUGCUGGUCCGCGAAAUUGCUUUAAUAGUGAUUUUUUUGUUUUGUUCAUGCAUGAUUUAAGAAAAUAAUAAUCUGCCAAAACAUUUUUUUUCUUCAAAUAAGUAGUUAUAAUGAAAUAAAAAUUGAAUGAAAUGUUUAGAGUAUGGUGUAACACCCGCCGGACAGACGAGGAAGAAAGAAGAAAAUAAAAAGAAAAAGAAAGAAGAGAGAGAACGAGAGAAAAGAAGAAAGAUAGAAGAAAGAA